AUGUGUGGAAUUUUCGCUUGCCACCAGUGCGUUCCGCCUUACCCCAGUCUCUCUCUGUCGCCCCUCCAUGCGCCGUUCCCGGACCAACGAAGUCACCCCGAUGUGCAAAAGUUCAAGAGCACAGCCUUGCGCAUGGCUAAGGCCAUUCGUCACCGUGGUCCCGAUUGGAGCGGAAACUUCAUUGGCGACUCGACUAUUCUUACCCACGAGCGUCUGAGCAUCGUCGGUGUCGACUCCGGUGCCCAGCCUCUCGUCAACGAUGACCAGACCCUCGCCCUUGCCGUCAACGGCGAGAUCUACAACCACCGUAUCCUGCGGAAGAGCCUGAAGACCAAGUACAACUUUAAGACUCACUCCGACUGCGAGGUUAUCAUCCCUCUGUAUAUGGAGCACGGUCUUGAUGCUCCUAAGCACCUGGACGGCAUGUUCUCUUGGGUUCUCUGGGACAAGAAGCAGGACCGUGUGGUUGCUGCCCGCGACCCCAUUGGUAUCACCAGCUUCUACCUCGGCCGCUCCUCCUCGACCCCCGGCGCCGUCUACUUCGCCUCCGAGCUUAAGUCACUGCACCCGGUCUGCGACGACAUCAUUGCUUUCCCUCCCGGCCACAUCUACGACUCCAAGACUGACAAAAUGACCCGCUACUUCGAGCCAAAGUGGUGGGAUCCCACCAACGUUCCUUCCACCCCGGUCGACUACAAGCUGCUGCGUCACUCUCUGGAGAAGUCGGUUCGCAAGCGCCUGAUGGCUGAGGUCCCCUAUGGUGUUCUGCUGUCUGGUGGUCUGGACUCGAGUCUCGUUGCUUCUAUCGCCCAGCGCGAGACCCUCCGCAUGCAGAAGGCUGCCCACACUGCCGCGAAGAACGGCACCGACGCCUCGGGUCUGGUCGGUAUCGACGAGGAGAACGACCUGUCGGCUGUCCCCCUUUUCCAGCAACUGCACUCCUUCUCUAUCGGUCUGCCCGGUGCUCCCGACACUGAGGCUGCUAAGGAGGUGGCCAAGUUCCUGGGCACCAAGCACCACGCAUUCACCUUCACCGUCGAGGACGGUCUGAACGCCCUCUCGGACGUUAUCAACCACCUCGAGACCUACGAUGUGACCACCAUCCGUGCCUCCACCCCCAUGUACCUGCUUUCGCGCAAGAUCAAGGCCAUGGGUGUCAAGAUGGUUCUGAGUGGUGAGGGCAGCGACGAGAUCUUCGGUGGCUACCUGUAUUUCCACGCUGCCCCCAACAAGGAGGAGUUCCACACGGAAACCGUGCGUCGUGUGAAGAACCUGCACCUGGCUGACUGCCUGCGUGCCAACAAGUCGACCUCCGCCUGGGGGCUGGAGGCCCGUGUGCCUUUCCUGGACAAGGAGUUCCUCGAGGUCUCCAUGGCUGUCGACCCUAAGGAGAAGAUGAUCACCAAGGACCGCAUUGAGAAGUAUAUCAUUCGCAAGGCCUUUGACACUACCGACGAGCCCGACUCUACCCCUUACCUGCCCGACAAGAUCCUCUGGCGUCAGAAGGAGCAGUUCAGCGACGGUGUCGGCUACAGCUGGAUUGACGGCCUGAAGGAGCACGCCGAGCAGCAGAUUACCGAUGAAAUGAUGAAGAACCCCAAGCCCGAGUGGGGCAGCGAUAUCCCCGAUACCAAGGAGGCCUACUUCUACCGCCUGAUGUUCGACGAGCACUUCCCCCCGUACUGUGCCGGUACCGUCGAGCGCUGGACCCCUACCUGGUCUAAGCAGAGUGACCCCAGUGGCCGUGCCAUCGCUACUCACAACGCCAAGUAUGAGAACGUUGCGUAA